AUGCCUAAACCACGCACAAAAAGAGGCUCUGGCCGCGAAGCGCGCAAAAGAAAACAUGACGGGGAAGAGGAAUUUGUCGGCGGCUACGAAAUUGACUCCAAGCGACCGCGCGUCGAGGCUGACAGCAACGGUGGCGACAAAGGCAACGACCACGGUGACGACCAUGUCAACGACAAUGGCGACGACAAUGGCUACUACCCAGACGAAGCGGCAACGGCCGACGGCGGUUUCGCAAACCACGGGGAAGAGCCCGCUGAAAAGGAAUUUUUCGGCAUGCUCGCCGACGAGGAGCAGGAAUACUUUCGCCGCGCCGACGAGAUGCUCGAGCUUAACCAGUUCCCGACCCUCGAGGACCGCGCCCUGUUUCUGGAAAGCGUCUACGAGGAGGCCAAGGGCAAGGAGCUCAAGGUCGCCAGCAGCCAGUCGUGCUCGCGUCUGAUGGAGCGCCUGAUCCAGCUGGCCAACACUUCGCAGAAGAAGAGGUUGUUUGAGGCUUUCGCGGGACACUUUCUCUCGUUGGUGCAGCAUCGCUUCGCCAGCCACUGCUGCGAGGCGCUGUUCCUGCGCUCGGCGGGUGUGGUGUCCCAGGAGCUCUCGGGCUUUGUCGUCGACACCGAGGGUACCGAGGCCGGAGAUCAGGAGCCUGAGAAUUCCAUGGAAAACUUGUUCCUCGCGACGCUAGACGAGCUGGAGGGCAGCAUGGGUUUCCUGAUUACGGACCGCUUCGCGUCUCAUACCCUCCGUGUGCUGAUUCUGGUUCUGUCUGGCCGCCCGCUAGGGGACGUCGCAUUCAAGACUCUCAUCAAGAGCAAGAAGAAGGAAAAGGUGUCUGUUGCUGGCUCCGCGGCGAUUGACGAACAAAAUCAAGGCCUACGCGCCGUGCCAUCGUCAUUUACUGUCGCCGUCACGAAAAUCAUUCGCGAUUCCACCUCGACCAUGGACGCCACCAGUCUUCGCGUCCUAGCAGCCCAUCCCAUCGGCAACCCGACGCUGCAGCUGUUCCUGGAGCUGGACCUGUCGCUCAACAAGUCGGAGCAAAAGGCCGACGCCGAGCAGCCGACGCUGCUCUUCCAGCUACUUCCCGGCGCACCGCAAUCGCUCUAUGAGGAGGCGUCCGAGGCCACCGAGUUUGUCAAUGGCAUGAUCUACGACCAAAUCGGCUCGCGUCUCAUCGAGACAAUCAUUACGCAUGCGCCCGGAAAGGUUUUCAAGGCUCUCAACCAAAACAUCUUCCUGCCCCGCAUCCAGGGCUACGUACGAAACGACGUCUCGUGCUACCCCGCCAUCAAAGUCCUCAACCGCAUCGGCAAGGACCAAUUGGUCGAGGCUGUUGCCAAGAUUGGCCCCACGGUGCCACAGCUUGUAUCCAAAAACCGGUACAAUGUUCUCAAAACUCUUUUUGAGCGCUGCGCGGCCCGUGGCCUGACGGAAGAGAUUAAGCAACUGAUGAAGGGCCUUCGCGAAGGAUGCGGCUCAAAUCCCGUAGAUCUCGUCACCACCCUCUGCUCGCUGCACAGCGACGACGGUUCCAAGAAGAAGGACCUUGCGCAGUUGACCAAGAAUGAAUAUGCCAUCCAGUCACAUGGCGCCCAGCUCCUCACCACGCUCCUCGUCAUCCCCGGUCCCGCCAAGGGCGUCCAGGAAUCCCUCUCGGCCCUGUCGCCCGCGCUCCUCCUGCGCCUCGCCAACAACUCGUACCCAACCGCGACGCUGCUCAGCACCGCGCUCAAGACGCCCUCGGCCAACGCGCUCUUCCAGAAGUCGACGGUCAACGCGCUCGCGCCGCACAUCGCGGAGCUGGCCGUGUCGCAAAACGGGCACAACAUCGUCAUCGCCGUGGCCGAGAUCCCGACCAAGGGCCGCGACUUUAGUGUGCCGGCGCACAUCAAGGACGGCAUCAUGCAAACGCUCGGCGACCACGAGGCGGAGCUGCGCGAGUGCUGGAUGGGACGUAGCGCGUGGCGCGCCUGGAAGGGCGACAUGUGGAAGACGAGGCGCUACGACUGGAAGGCGUGGAUCAAGGACAUGGUGGCGGAGGAGUCGCAGCAGGUUACGUCGGUGCACAAGAACGGUGCUCGCGGUGGGAAGAAGAGGGAAAACUAA